AUGCCUUGUUGCCUUUGCUUUAUGACUUUUCUCUAUUUUUUAAUUUUAAAAAAUACACUGGAGUUAUUGGCUUGUCCACAUAGAGUCGCGCAUGACUACCGUCUGCUGCGUUCGUUCGUCUUCCUCAGAGUGACGCAUUCAUCUGCAUCGCGAAUCGCGGCUGAAGAUCGCGAAUCGCGAUCUUCAGCCGCUGCCUUUGAGGUGGCAGGACGCCAUUUAGCGGCGGUAUACCCAUUGAGACCUACCGUGCUUUAA